GGCGUUCCCGUGAGGCCGUGCGAGGCGUGGCGGCGGGCUGUUGAGGGGCUCGAGCCGAGCUUUCUGAGGUUCGUCGUAUCUGACUGGUUCUUGCGUGAAUGCGGAUGCUGACUGAGUUAUUCAGGAGAAAUUAUUAUAGAGUCUAAAAAUAUAUUUCCCCCUUCUCUGUGGACUUAACAUAAAAUUAGUUUUGUAUGUAUUUGGAUUCAUUUUCUAAAUAGCAACACUAUAAAACCUUAUCAGUUACAAAAAAUUUGGGUAGUUAAACCAUGAGUUGUGGAAAGGAGUUUGUGGAAACGUUAAAAAAAAUUGAUUAUCCCAAAGCUGAUAUUCUUAAUGGGGAAGAUUUUGACUGGUUGUUUGAGACUGUUGAAAAUGAAUCAUUUUUGAAGUGGUUUUGUGGGAAUGUGAGUGAACGGAACGUAUUAUCUGAAGAGGAAUUGGAAGCUUUUAGCAUUCUUCAGAAAUCAGGCAAGCCCAUCCUAGAAGGAGCAGCGUUGGAUGAAGUUCUUAAUACCUGUAAAACUUCUGAUUUGAAGACACCUACCCUGAAUGACAAAGAGCUGGAGAAAUUAGAGGAUGAGGUUCAAACUCUGCAGAAAUUAAAGAACCUGAAAAUUCAGCGACGUAAUAAAUGCCAGUUGAUGGCUUCAGUAACUAGCCACAAGUCUCUGAGGUUAAAUGCUAAAGAAGGAGCAGCCAAUAAGAAGCUGAAGCAGAGUCAGCGAAUUCUAAAUGCUGCCAAUACUAAGAUCAGUAAUGAGCUUCACGCUCUUACUGAUGGAGUUGCAAAAUUACUGGUGUUCUUCAGACAUUCGAAUUUGGGUCAAGGGACAGAUCCACUGGUGUUUUUAUCUCAAUUUUCAUUGGAAAAAUAUCUAAGCCAAGAAGAGCAAAGCACAGCAGCAUUAACCUUAUAUACCAAAAAACAGUUCUUUCAAGGUGUACAUGAAGUAGUUGAAAGUUCAAACGAAGAAAAUUUUCAACUUUUAGAUAUACAAGCAUCCUCUAUUUGUGAUAAUCAAGAAGUUCUUGAGGAGAGACGGCUAGAGAUGACUAGGCUGCAGCUGGCAUAUAUUUGUGCUCAACAUCAGUUAAUUCACUUGAAAGCAAGAAAUUUGAGCCUGAAGUCAAGUAUAAAAUGGGCAGAGGAGAAUCUUCAUAGCCUCACUAGCAAGGUUCUUGGCAAAGAUAUUUUGGAUGCUAAAAUUUCUAGCUUGAACAGUGAGAUUCUGAAACUUGAAGAACAAAUCACUCAUAUAAAAGACAAAAUUUUGCCUGCUGUGGUAAGAGAGAAUGCCCAGUUAUUGAAUAUGCCAGUUGUAAAGGGAGAUUUUGACCUGCAGAUUGCUAAACAAGACUAUUACACAGCAAGACAAGAGUUAGUUUUAAAUCAGUUGAUAAAGCAAAAGGCAUCAUUUGAACUUGUACAAUUAUCUUAUGAAAUUGAAUUGAGAAGGCAUUUGGACAUAUAUCGUCAGCUUGAAAACUUGGUUCAAGAACUUAGUCAAAGUAAUUUGAUGCUCCACCACCAAUUAGAAAUGCUGACAGACCCAUCUGUAUCUCAGCAGAUAAAUCCAAGGAAUACCAUUGAUACCAAGGAUUAUUCUACUCAUAGGCUUUAUCAACUUUUAGAAGGAGAGAAUAAGAAAAAAGAAUUGUUUAUAACCCAUGGAAACCUGGAAGAAGUGGCUGAGAAAUUAAAACAGGACGUUUCUUUGGUACAAGAGCAGUUAGCAGUAUCUGCUCAAGAGCAUUCUUUCUUUCUGUCCAAACUAAAUAAUGAUGUGGACAUGCUUUGUGAUGCUUUGUAUCAAGGAGGAAAUCAGCUUUUGCUUAGUGAUCAGGAGUUAAUGGAGCAGUUUCCUCAAGUUGAAUCUCAGCUAAAUAAGCUAAAUCAUCUUCUUACUGAUAUUCUUGCUGAUGUGAAGACAAAAAGAAAAAUUUUGGCAUCUAAUAAACUGCAUCAAAUGGAAAGAGAAUUAUAUGUAUAUUUUUUUAAAGAUGAAGAUUAUCUGAAAGAUAUUGUGGAGAAUUUAGAAAACCGGUCAAAGAUUAAGGCUGUUGGUCUUGAAGAUUGAAAAUGAAAUCUUUACUGCACGUGCUGUGUUUUAAUAUUUUAUAUAUUAGGAGGAGAAUAUAGCUAAUAAACACUGAAAAUUUUAAA